CUUCGUGGUGGACGUGAGCGAGGGGGAGCGCAGCCUGCGUCACCUCUUCCUUUACACCGACCUCCUGCUGUGCAACAGAAACAAACCCGCAACCAAAGGAGCUCAGCCCGCAUCGUGAGAAGAGGACACCCGAGCCCCGAUGGACGUCUACCAGGAGGCCGUGGGCUAUCUGGAGUCACGGCACGUCCCAGGUGAGGGAAGGAGACAAGUUGUAGUUGAAGCAGAGACUGAAGUUCUGGAGGAGGACGUGUUCCAGGAAUGUUCUCCUCUCCACCCUGAGAGCUUAGACUUGCCAGACACCCCUACGUUAUGCAGCCCGAAGGAAAUGUUGGAGAGGAGGCUCGUGCUCCUGAAGGGCAUCCUGGGGAGUGAGGAGGUUUACCUCAGAGAGCUGGACACUCUGCUGACGCCCAUGAAGGCUCUGCGCGCCUCAGCCGGGACCUCCCAGCCAGUCCUGUCCAGUCAACAGGUCCAGACUGUUUUCUACCAGGUGCCUGAGAUCAGAGACAUGCACCAAAGCUUCUAUUCUGGCCUGAAGGCCCGGCUGACUGAGCCCGGUCCUGGGCAGGACGGAGAGAUCUACACAGCCUUUGAUCUGAUGGUGGGAGACCUGUUCCUGAAGAUGGUAAACCAGAUUGGGCUGUACGGUGGUUUCAUUGGAAACUACGAGGAAGCCGUUGAAGUUGUUCGCAGGUGCACGCUCUCAGACCCUCGCUUCCGAACCCUGGCUCAGAGCAUGAUGUCUAGAAACGGCUCAAACAAAACUCCAACCAAAUACACAUUUGAAGCUCUACUGUACAAGCCUCUGGACAGAGUAACCAAGACCACACUCGUGCUGCACGACCUCCUGAAGACGACGCCACAGCAGCACAGAGAUUACAGAAGAUUACAAGAAGCUCUGAGAUUGUCCCGCAGCUUCCUGUCUGGCAUCAACGAGAGUUCUCAAUGCAAACGAGAAGUCACGCUCAGUCACGGCAUGAGGCGUAAGCUGAUGCGUGACGGCUUCGUUGUGGACGUGAGCGAGGGGGAGCGCAGCCUGCGUCACCUCUUCCUUUACACCGACCUCCUGCUGUGCAACAGAAACAAACCCGCAACCAAAGGGAAGCAGGAGCAGUACCGGUUCUGCUGGUUUCUGCCUCUCGGCGGUCUCAAACUUCGCUGGGGGGCGGACCAGGAACGCUCGCCAGACGCACACCUUCGCAUACACACCGCGAGAACCAAGAUGCACCUCCUCCGACAGCAGCUACGGCAUUACGCAAACGGGUCCAGGGCCAUGGCUUUGGCGGCUCGUAGCAGGAAGAAGCUGGAGCAAAUGGAGCUGAUGCUGUUGACACACUCCCCUGUUUACACACUGGAGCUGCACAGCCCCAGUGGCAAGAGUCACACCCUCCUCCUCUCCUCCCUGUUUGAGCUUGAAGAAUGGAGAGAAGUCAUUGACAAGCUCACGAAAGACAACAUAGAAACCGUCCCUCCAGACCUGCUCACCCUCACCAGUGCAUGCGUGAAACUAAGGAUGACCCAGCAGCCACCACUUCACAGCACACGUGCUGUGGAGGACGAGGAGUCUCUGUGCGGGACUCUGAGUGUGGCCGUCCACUCUGCCUGCGGCUUGCAGCAACCAACCUCUGUGUAUGUGUGUGUGGAAGUGGAUGGCUCCGAGUUUUAUGAUAAACAAGUUCAAACACACUCAUCAGUCCCCAGCCUCAACCCACAUUGGGACCAGGAGCUGUGUUUCCAGGUGGACGGGGCACAGGAGCUGAGGCUGCUGUGUGUGAGCGAGUCAGAUGGACAGCAUGACAUCGUCCUGGGCAAAACGUCUGUCAAGUUGGACACUAAAACCCUGAGGAGGCGAUGGAGGAGACAGACGCUACGCCUUGGCCAGGUGGAGGUGACUCUCUCCCUGAAGUACUGUGCCCACCCGCUUGAACCGCCGAGUGCGACGGCUCCACAGAAACCCGUCUUCUGCGUCUCCAUUGAGACGCUGGCUCAGCAGGAGGGAGUGCUCGUCCCACAUGUGGUGCGCUGCUGUGUGGAGGAGGUGGAGAGGAGAGGCCUGGACGAGGUGGGCAUCUACCGGGUUUCAGGAACCAGCAGUGACAUCGGCACGCUCAAGGCUGCGUUCAACAGCAAUCUGCGUGAAGCGGUGACCAAGCUGAGGAGCGCCGAGGUGAACGUCGUCUCCGGGGUUCUCAAGCUGUUCUUCAGAGAGCUGCCCGAGGCGCUUGUGCCCAUGAAGAUCUUCCAGAGCCUGGCCAAGACCCUGAAGAUCCAGGACGUAACCUCCCGGCUGGCGUCCAUGUUGUCCCUGCUGCAGUCCUGCUCCGAACCCAACCGCCACACCUUGCUGUACCUCCUGCACCACCUCCAACGAGUCUCAGAGAAGCAAGCGGUCAACCGGAUGUCUCUGAUGAACCUGGCCACGGUGUUCGGUCCGAGCCUCUUACGCCUCCCUGUGGUCGGGCUCGGGCACGACGGUCCCACCAUGGACAUCUCCCAGGAGGUGGUGGUGCAGGUCCAAGUGGUUUUCUGCUACCUGCAGUGCAACAACCUCCCUGAAGCCCAGACGUCUCGGCCACAUGACUCAGACGCUGAAGAUGAGACCACCCACAAGUGAGACCACCAUCAGUGUCACGGCAGGCAACGACUCUGUCGUGUAAAGAAAGAUAUGGAGACAAGACAAUAGAAAUAUUUAUUGAUUAAAAAAAUAUACUGUGA